AAGGCGUACAGGAAGGACCUGGAGCAGGAGGUGAAGGGGCGGGGCUUAUCUGGCAUCGGCCUGGAGGAAACACCUGAGCUGCUGAGGGUUAAAAAUGCCAAUCAGAUACUAAACCAGAAGGAGUACCGCAGGGAUUUGGAGAGGGAGAUCUUGGGUAAAGGCAUGGAGCUGAGCGCAGACGUCCUGAGAUGCAGAGAGCCAAGAGAGCCUCAGAGAUCCAGAGCCAGAGGUCCUACAAGCAGCAGCUCAGUGAAAACUCAUACGGGACAGUUACAGACACUCCUGAACUGCUGCACGCCUCCUACCUCAAAGACGUCUACAGCCAGAAGAAGUACAAGGACGAAGCGAAGCGUCUGAAGGGAAGCUACAGUCUGGUUUCAGAAACCCCAGAGAUGGAGAGAGUCAAAGCCAACCAGAGACACAUCAGCUCUCUGCGGUACUGCUGGGACUCCAAGCUGAUGAGAGGCCUGAUGUCUUCAGUCACAGAGACGCCAGAGAUCGUCCUCGCCAGAGAGAACGCCAAGAAGAUCAGCGAUGUCCAGUACAGAGACGAAGUGGGUCGUGGCACCGCUGUCAUGGACACACCUGAGAUGGAGCGAGUCCGACGCAACCAGGAGAACAUCAGCUCAGUCAAGUACAAGCAGAGUGCAGUGAAGGCCACCAGUGUCGGAGUGACUCCAGAACUGGAGAGAGUCAGACAGAACCAGGAGAACAUCAGCUCGUAUCAUAUUUGUGUGUGUAAACAGGUGAAGUACCAGCGCGGGCUGCAGGAGAUGAGGGGGCGGAGCUGCAGCGAGCUGGACACACCUGAGUACAGGCGUGUCAGGAAGUCACAGGACUCUGUCUCCAUGGCCAAGUACCAUGAGGACUUUGAGCGGGCGCGCGGCCGAGGCUGUACGCCAGGAUUGGACGAUCCCAGCAUGGAGCGCUACCAGAGAGCCAAUCAGAUGAUGGGAGAGGCGGGAUACAGCAAAGGGUUCCACCCCCAGGCGAUGGAUCUGGACAGACGACCAGGAGGCAUCAUCGUAGACCUGAAGGUGUGGAGGACAGACCCCGGCUCCAUCUUUGACUUUGACCCUCUGGAGGACAACGUCCAGUCCAAGAGCCUCCGCAGGAUGUCUGAGCGGGCCGACCGCAGACUGAGCAGGCAGCACUCCCAGCAGUCUCUCACCCACAGCCAGGCUCAGUCUGUCAGCUCGCUGACCUCUGACCUCUGGGACCGCAGCAGCACCGAAACUCCUGCCCCGGUCCUCCCUGGAGCAUAUCAUCAGGGCGUCCAGAUGCAGCAGCAGCAGCAGUAUCACGGCUACAUGCACCAGACCAGCAUGUCGUCUGUCAGAUCUGUCACCUCCCCGCCGCACUCGGCCACGAUGCGUGUUUACCGGGCGCUGUAUGACUACGCGGCUCAGGACCACGACGAGGUCUCGUUCAGGGACGGCGAUGUCAUCAUCAACGCUCAGCCCAUCGACGAGGGCUGGAUGUACGGCACCGUGCAGCGAACCGGCAAGUCUGGCAUGCUGCCGGCAAAUUACGUGGAGUGUUGCAACUAGAGGAGGGGGGAAGGAAGGAGGGAGAGAGAGGAGAUGGAUGUCAGGAGGUGGUAAAAUGUAAAGAAUAAACUCCACCCUCGCUGUCAUAAAACCAGCAGUCGAUGAUGUUCUUUGCAUUUCACGGAUCAUUUACAUUUUCGGUGUUUCUUCUUCCUGUGGAAAACUGGCCAAAUGUAGACAAAGUGACAUCACAUCCAGAUGUUUAAAGCAGAAAAUGAUUCACAGAUUUAAAACUUAAACAGUAAAUAUCAAGUUUUGGUGAUAAAAAACAUAGGGCUUCUUUUAAAACAACAGGAAAAUCCAUCACAGACAACAAAACAGUCAGCACAUCCACAGGAGCAGGAAAUAGACCAGAAUGCAAUGCAGCUACAGGACAGGGUGUGGUAUGAAGAAGGGAGGUGGCUACUAGUACACAAACACACACACACACACACACACACACACUUAUAUUUCUGCCCAUUUGCCCGUCUUUGAUCAAAAACAGGAGCCUGCUUCUUCUCUGGGUGUUAUUGAAAGGCAUUUUGGGAAACGUAGGCAAUCCCUAACUAAAGAAGGAGUAGUCAAGGCUGUCUGAGGGGAAGUGGGUUCACCCCAAAAACAGACAUUUAAAAUAAUAACUUACAGAAUAACUGCUGAAAUACACUGAACAUCACACGCUGCUGACACCAGGUGAGAAUUCCUUAUGUUGAGGAGGAAAGGAAAGAAGGAGAGAUGAGAAGCAAAGGUAUAAAUCUAGCAUGCUGUCGAUAAGUUACGUCAAAUUUUACAACUAGAGGAGGUAAAAAGAGGGGAAGCAUGCAUGAAGAAAGAAGGUAUGAGAGAUUAGAAGCAUCCGUAAUUUUCUUUAAUGACAUGCAACAAACUAUAUCAGAUCAUCCACUAAGAUUUCAGCUGUUUGAGCAGAAUAUGAAUAAAGUUAGUAAGUGAAAUAAGUAAGUAAAAUCAAAAGAAAUUCAGUCUGAUUAUCGGACUACGAAGUUUAAAGAUAAACUCUGGUGAUAUUCUAUAUUUUUCUUAUUGUCAACAAAUCCCAUGAAAAGACCCAAACCAGCAGUGAAUGUAUCUACUAACAAGAUUAAUCCGCCGCUGGAAAUAGUCCCCAACAAACGCACUAUUUCCUCCUGUUUGUCUGAUUAAAAACUACAGUGAGCAGCUGUUUUAGGAAAUGACUGAACCUUUUUAAACUAUAUAUUACAUCUUCGGCAGGAACCAAUGGGCUCGGAGCUGAGAGCCACAGACAGGAAGUCAGACAGUUCUGAGAGACGGACUGACGUGUUGGUUUUGUUUUGUUUUUUUAUUGGAUUUUUUUGAAAAUAUUGAAUAGCACCAGACUGAUCCUUUAAAUGUGGUGGAGAAUUGGAGAGGAGCAGAGGAAGGAAACACAUUAAGAUCUGACAUCUGUCUUUAAGAGAUGAGUUUGAGAAUAACUAAGAAAACCGGAAAUUCUGGCUUUUCUUGGGAAUGAUUCAACCAAACAGAGGAGAAGAAGUCUACAAUAACAAAUUCAUAGGAACACGGUUUAGAGGUCUCUCAAGUUUAAUCAUUUAUUUAUCCUGAGUUUUAAUUCAUGUUCAGGUGAGUGUAGUUUAGUUUUUGACUUCUGAUGUAGUCUGCAGAAAGAUCACAGCUUCAGUUUUAAACAGCAACACUUAACGUCUGUGUUUGUAAAGGACUUAACUAACACACUGUGUCUUUCUGUUUCUCGUAUCAAAUGAUUUGUUUUUUUUAUUUUAUUUUUAACUAUGAAUAAAAGUUUUCACGUCACGCGCUGUCCAGAUCAUUUAACCUCCACACACAGUCGCGGUUUCUGUGGACUGAAAUCCUGAACAGACUGUGCGAGUACAUCGGGCCUUGAGAUUUCUGUAUGUCGCAGACUAUUUUGAUACACGGGCUCCUGUCUAUGUUUUGGAAAGAUCUAUUUUACUCUUCUACCUGUGUGUGUCCAGUAAGUCGUGUUUUUAGGGUUUGUUGUCUUGCUGUGCGGAUUGCAUCCCAGUCAUGUAUUGAAUAAAAACGUCACUCGGCCAUGAGUUGUCAUUCUAGCUGGAGAGCAUUUUGUAUUUUGUAUGUUUGAUUUCAUAAAUACUAGAUGCAAUAGAAUAUAAUUUAGUAUUCAUAUGUUAACUGUGUUGAUUUUGGAAGAGGCACUUUUUACUUUAUUUUCUCGCAUUGAGGAUUUUUGGCUUCUAAUGUCACCUUUGUAAAGUUUUGAUUCAGUCUGUAUGUCAUCACAGAUUAAACUAAGUUUAUUUACAUAUUAUUUGGAAUUAUAUAUCACUCAAUCUUUUUUUUUGCUAUAUGACAAUUGCAGUGUGUUACUUGUGGUAGAAAUAAAAACAAAUGGUCAACAGAAA